CGGGCCGCGCGGCCACGUCCCCGCUCGGGCCGGCCUGAGGCGAUGCGGCCGGCGGGACGCGGCCGCGCUGCGCCCCCGGCCAUGCGGCCGCGCUGAUCCGGCCAUGCGGCGGCCCUGCAAGGUGGCGGCGGCCCUGCUGUGCCUGGCCGUGCUGCUGCUGCUCUAUCUGCUGGCGGGCAGCGCGGCCCCGCCGCCCGCGCCCUCCGCGCCCUCCGCCCGCCGCCCGCCGCGCCUCGGCCGGAGCCCCCCGAGGAGGAGCCCCGCGGGCGGCGGCAGCGCCAGCGCCAGGAAGGCUGGGGAGCAGAAACAGCCAAAGGAGCCCUCGUCCUUGCAGUGCAUGCAUCUGGCAGUGGUGGCAUGUGGGGACCGGCUGGAGGAGACGCUGAUCAUGCUGAAAUCAGCAGUUCUCUUCAGCAGCAGGAGGCUCUGCUUCCACAUCUUUGCCGAGGAUUCUCUUAAGCCUGAAUUUGAGACAAAGUUAAAGGAGUGGCCUUCCUCAUACAGAAAGAAGUUUGAGUCCAACAUUUACCCAAUAACCUUCUCAGUAGGAAAUGCUCAGGAAUGGAAAAAGUUAUUCAAACCAUGUGCUGCCCAGCGCCUGUUUCUUCCGGUGAUUUUAAAGGACGUGGAUUCCCUGCUUUACGUGGACACCGACGUGCUGUUCCUGAGGCCCAUCGAUGACAUCUGGCACCUCCUGAGGGAGUUCAACUCCACGCAGCUGGCUGCCAUGGCCCCCGAGCACGAGAUCCCCAAGAUCGGCUGGUACAGCCGCUUCGCCCGGCACCCCUUCUACGGCAGCACCGGCCUCAACUCCGGCGUGAUGCUGAUGAAUCUGACGCGCAUCCGCAGCGCCCACUUCAAGAACAGUUUGAUACCAGGUGGCUUGACUUGGGAGGAAAUGUUAUAUCCAUUGUACCAAAAGUACAAAAAUUACAUCACGUGGGGAGACCAGGAUUUGCUAAAUAUCAUUUUUUACUUCAACCCAGAGUGUCUGUACGUGUUCCCCUGCCAGUGGAACUACCGGCCUGACCACUGCAUGUACGGCAGCAACUGCAGGGGGGCGGAGGAGGAGGGGGUCUCCAUCCUGCACGGCAACAGAGGCGUCUACCACGACGACAAGCAGCCCACCUUCAGGGCCCUCUACGAGGUGAUCCGGGAUUUUCCAUUUGAAGACAAUCUCUUCCAGUCCUUGUACUACCCUCUGCAGUCGAGGUUUCUGGAUACAGUGCACACUUUAUGUGGGAGAAUUCCACAAGUAUUUUUGAAGCAAAUUGAGAAAACAAUGAAGAAGGUGUAUGAAAAUCGUGUCAUUGUGUACUUGGGGGCCAACCACAGAUACUAACUGUAGCUCUCUUACACAGAAGUUUUAAGUCUUGUACUCCAUUUCAUGAAGGAUAUAAAUGAAGAAUAUGAACUCUUCUACCAAAACUCAGAAUUAAAAUAUUUCUUUUCCAAUUUUCUGAUAACUCUUGAAAUUACAAAAAGCAGGAAAUCCUAGAAGCCUACUGAAAUUGUUGCUGAGAACAGCAACAAGGAGAAUCCUUUCUUUGUGGAAUACAGUUGUGGCCUGCCACCCCAGUCCCUUACAGUUUAAGAAGAUAUUCUCUCUGCAAUGUGAAUUGCAUUAGGCACAGUCCAGGACUGUUGUCAGUGAAGAGUACAAACCCAGGUACUGUUGAUCCAUCCUCCUCUUCAAGUGCUCUUCCCUGCAGAGAAGCAGCAGUAUUCCACUGCCAGUUUUCCAUCCCUGCCUUGGGAGGUGGCCAGGGCUGCCCCUGCCUCCCCUGUCCUGCAUGGAAAUACAUUUCUGCCUGGCACUUCCAUUUCUGGGAUCACAGGACCACAGAAUUCUAGAAUGGUUUGUUUUGGAAGGGACCAUCAUGGAUAUCUUGUUCCUCACCCUGCCAUGGGCAGGGACACCUUCCACUAGACCAGGUUACUCCAGCCCUGUCCAGCCUGGCCUUGGACACUUCCAGGGAUGGGGAAAUUGAGACGUUUAUGCUGGGAUCAAAAUGAAUAGCCUCAAAGUGGAAGAGGAUGCAAAAUGGCUUUGAUGUUCAUUUAAAAUACUUCAUUUAGCUUAAAUUUCCAAGGUAUGAUCAUCAUCUUGUGAUAAGCACAAAGAGCUUAUUUAAAUUGCAGUAGCUGAAAGGUGCUUGGGACCAUUCCCUGGGGAACUGGAAGUGAGGACACUCCUGCAGAGCAGCUAUCCAAGAGCACACUCACUCCUGAAGAGCAGUGAUCCAAGAGCAGACUCCCUGAGGGCAUUUUCUAGGUGUAAGCCCCAUGGCUGUGUGUAGGAGUGCUUCAAGGAAGCAGCAGAGAAAAUGAUGUUACUUUUCAAGUCUGUUGAGCAGAAAACAUCAGCCAUUACUUGGAACUGCUCAUUUUUGUAUCUAACAGGCAAAGUAGGAGCAGGGUAGGCAGGGUGAGAUAAUGGAGCCUUCCCCUAAUGAAAGGAAAACUGGCACAGAUGGAAUAUCCUGUACAUGUGUCAUACAUUUGUUAGAGAGAAAUGCUUGGGGACUGUGGAUGAGGGAGAGGUUAUGUUCCCAGAGUUAAAAUAGGAUUUCUGAGGAAUUGCAGUUUUGGGCGUUCUCCCCUAUCCAGUCAGGGUUUCAUAUGAAAGCACCAGGAGUUUUUAUCCUCCCUUUUAUCUCACACACUUCUCUCUCCUUGUGUGGCAGUUCCUGAGAGGAGGGAAGACAUGACCUUGGUGCCAUCCCAGGCUGCCAGAUAGGAGCCUGAGCACGGGAUGGAGUCCCAACAAGCUUUUCCCAAGGCCUGGAGUGUGCCUGUGGCACAGCCUGGCUGAGAGCAGGGCUGCAGGCUGCUGAGCAGGGAGUGCUGGGACAGGGGCUUGGAGUAAGGGACAGCAGAACUGCAGGACCUCGCAGGCGUGACAGGAACAGAAACCUUGUUUGCACCUCUGCUGCAAAUCGUGAUCACAGUUGGGUUAAACAGUGUUCUGACUGCAGCCCUUAUCUCACAGUGUUUGUCACCCGAGUGUAAAUUGGCACGUGAAGGACAGAGGCAGCUCGACUGUUGUGAUUGAAAGCCUGGGACCCAGAAAGUCAUUUAAACUUGAGCCUUUCCAACUUGCCUUAGGAUUUUCUAUUUCAGCUGAAGUUUCAGUUGCCUGUUUUUAAGCAAGGGUACACUUCUGCCUA